AUGCUGGGUGCGCAAUCCUCGGCAAACUCCACCACCUUCAUCAAUGGUGUCGCUCUCAACGAGACUGCACUGAAGUUCUGGAAUUACACGCUCUACGACAAUGGCACACUGUCCAACGGCUCGCGCUGCUUUCUCGCUUUUGGCCCGCACAAACCCAUCCUUUUCUCGAACGGAACGUUCGUCAAUACGACCUCAUGUUACACACCCAUCAAUCCCAUUGGUGCUCGGGGCAUCACCGGACUUGUCUUUGGCUCUCUCUUUGCCCUGACGAUUCUGUUCUCCACGAUCAACCUGAGGAAACAUGGCCGCACAUACCUACCUCGAGAAAGAGGGUGGAAACCGGUGGGUAGACGCUGGCCGUGGUAUUGGACCUUGGCUGUCGCCGCUUGUGGCAUCUUGAGCUCCUUUACCGCUGUCGACGUGGACAGAGACUACAUUGUCAACACGCCCAUCAUCCUCCAAAGCUUCUUCCUGACCUUGAUGAUUCCGGUGUUGCUGGCUUGCGUUUGGGAGGCUGCGAGAAACUGGAGCUCAUACUGCCAUCGUCAAUUCCAAGAGGCACAAACAUAUGCCUUGUCGGCUAACGCAUUCCACGAAAAAGCCAAUUUCUACCUUCCCUUACUCUUCUACGCCUUCGACUGCGCGGUGUUCUUCACCCUUGUUCCACGAUCUUGGUCGUUUGCCCAGAAGCAACGCUCGCCCACGCAGACUCAGGGAUUGGCUAGACCUGUUGCCCUCGAUGCUCGAUUCAAAUCGGCCUCUGUCCUCGCGACAGUCUGUCUUGGACUUAUUGUCUUUCGCUUGGGUUAUGGCAGCAGGGCUUACAGGGCAAAAAUCCCUACAACACUCUUGCUGACUAUCAUUUGUCUCGGCCUACGCGUUGCGUACGUUCUUGCGGGAUCUUGGGUAUGGGAGCUAUCCCCAUUUCGUCGAGACUUGAGCGUUGGCUUGUUGUACGGACUCGGAUACGCACCAGCUCUUCUCAUUCUUGUGCUGCUCAACAUCCAUGGAUACAUGAAUGAAAAUGAAGACAAGGUAUUGAUUGCCCUGCGCGCGUCGAGGGGUGAGGAAUUGGGCGAUGGUCUUGCCUUAGCCGCGCAGUCUCAUCAACCUCACAGUCGCAAACCGCCAGCCUGGUGGUUCAGGUCCCAGAGCCACUCCGCAUCGCCAGGUGGAGUCUUCAAAAUGCCCAGCUCCUCCAGAAGACCUCCACUGGAAGAAAUUUCUCAUGCGACAGAUACGAACCGGGCAGAACAACAAGACGAAAGUGGACACGCUUGGUGGCAGCGGCGUAGGCAAGAAGAAGACGCGAGGUACAGAAAACCAAGGCAGAGUGUGAACAGUACCAGGUCCGUCGGAAGAUCUGCAGUCACAGACAGUGGCACUACGGGCAUAGACUCGCGAUUUACAGACACGGAAAGCUCACUGCCACCUCCACAAUAUCAGAGGGACACACCCUACGAAUCCCGCAGAGACGGUCUGUCGCAGCCUGAGUCGUCCACCCACUCGCUACAAUCGCCACCUCAGGUAGUCAGGAGUAUGCUUGACGUCUGA